UGGUAUUUUCUAGCAGUCCAGCCGCGGUCACACUGCAGUACACAGAAAAUUUACAUUUUUUGUUGAGAAAAUUAGGGAAUUAAGCGCACAAAAGGCAAAUUAAAGAGGCCCAAAACGCAAGGCGCUAUCAUCAGGCGCCCCGAGGACCAAGAGGCACUGGAAUUAAGGCCGGAGAUUCACAGAUAACGCGGACAAGAGUCUUUGAAAGCAACAGCCCUCCGCCGCCGCCGCCCAAAAAGAACCAAAACUACUGAGGACUGCCAACCAGCCAUAAGAAGAAGCACCUUCACAAUCUGCAAUCUUCAAUCUCUGGGCACUAAAGCACUUCAAAAAGUCUAGAGAACUAAGCCUUAAACUCUAAAAGCACCAUGCAGGCGAUUAAGUGCGUCGUCGUGGGCGACGGAGCCGUGGGAAAAACAUGCCUGCUGAUCAGCUAUACAACCAAUGCCUUUCCCGGCGAGUAUAUACCCACCGUUUUUGAUAACUACUCGGCCAACGUUAUGGUCGAUGCAAAGCCCAUUAACUUGGGAUUGUGGGAUACGGCCGGACAAGAGGACUAUGACCGUUUGAGGCCGCUGUCCUAUCCCCAGACUGAUGUCUUCCUCAUCUGCUUUUCGCUGGUGAAUCCGGCUUCAUUCGAGAACGUGAGGGCCAAGUGGUAUCCGGAGGUACGCCAUCAUUGCCCAAGCACACCCAUAAUCCUGGUGGGUACCAAGUUGGAUUUGCGCGACGACAAGAACACAAUUGAGAAGCUGAGGGACAAGAAGCUGGCCCCAAUAACCUAUCCACAAGGUUUGGCCAUGGCCAAGGAGAUCGGAGCGGUUAAGUAUCUGGAGUGCUCAGCCCUAACACAGAAGGGCCUGAAAACCGUUUUCGACGAGGCCAUACGGUCGGUUCUGUGCCCCGUACUGCAGCCCAAGUCCAAGCGCAAGUGCGCCCUGCUCUAAAAGAGAUAGAAAGAAAGAGAUCCCACAACGGAUUCUAUUUAAACGUAAUAUUAUUAACGAUAAAUCAUUAUGUAACCUAAGCCUUGGCCAGGCAUUUGGCUAAUCCGUAGUUUCUUUGUUACAAUUUUGCCACUAAUUUCUGCGUCAGAGGGGAAACCCCGUUCAAACUCUUGCUUUCGUUUCCGAAUUCGUUUCGUGUGUUCUGUAAUUCAUAAUCCAAUUCUGUUUACCCGUGCAUUAAUUUCAACUAAAAGUUAAAAGCGAGAUGUUUCUAGAUAAAUGGAAAACCCAAUGGGCGAUCUGUAACUGUAAACUCUAACUGUAUUUUGUAUUAUUUAAUAACUUUUGUAAUUAAAAUUAAUGUUGUAAAACUGAGGUAAAACCAAAAAAAAAAAAACAAACGAAAAACCUAAAAAAUAUGAGAGAAGGACGAGAGUAGCCGCAUAAAAAGCAUAAAGCAUAGAUGUCGCCUGUUGAUUGUAGGUCCUCUAUUCGGGAUCGGGAUAUUGAGUCAGUAAAGUAAACGUUCCAUUGCAAUUACACUUACAUUAUUACAUACUUGUAUUUAGAUGUUGUUGGAUAUCGAAGGGACGUCGCGGGCAGGUAACAACUUUUUAAACUUUUGCUAGAUCCAGGAACUAUCAAUAUAUAUAUACAUGUAUGUAUAAGAUGAAAAGUCCUUCGUAUACUAUGUACUGAAAUUAAAGGCAUCAAACUGAGAAACUUUGAAUACUUUGUAUUUUAAAACAACAGAUAUUCAAGAAAACCAACAGCAACAAAAAAAAAAGAUAACUAUAUAAAUGUGUCUAUUUCAAUGGAAAUCAAUAAAGCAUUAAUAAAAUAAACCAGUA